AUGGCGUCAAAGAAGGAUAUGCGGAGGCUAGACCUCGCCAUCCCCUACAUCGAGCCGCCGAAGGAUAAGAAUGAGGCCGAUAUGUCAGGAGCGAUGUCUAGCACUAUGCCAAUGGCCGCGGAUGAUUGGAUGGGUCUCUUUCGUCUUCUCUCUCCAGUCGUGGCUCGGAGAAACACCCGAGCAAAAGAGGUCGGCAGCUACGCCUGCAUACAUGUCCGUCCUGAUGUCUUGUUCGUCUCUCCCUCUUUCCCCCGCAAGUGA